CAUGGCUUCUGAAAGUUUGGCGCCAUCUACGAGUAAUGACUGUGAAACCAGCUGUGUUUCGAUGGUAGAUGUGCUGAGAGAGGAGGAGGAACUGGAAGCAGACGCCACCGCCGUCCUGGGAGAUAGUGACAUUCAUAAUUGUACAUAUCCAUCGGGAUACAUUCCUAGACAGGCCCUUUAUUCCUGUUUGACAUGUAAUGGACAAGCUGGGAUAUGUUUGGCCUGCAGUUAUGAGUGCCAUGAAGGCCAUGAUCUUUGUGAACUCUACACCAAAAGAAAUUUUAGAUGUGAUUGUGGUAAUGACAAGUUUCCUGGCAGCAAAUGCAAGUUAUAUCCAACAAAGGAUCCCUCAAAUGCUCGGAACAAAUACAACCAGAAUUUCAAGGGGCUGUAUUGUGUGUGUGUGCGACCCUACCCCGAUCCUGAGGAUGAGAUUGAGGACGAGAUGAUACAAUGUGUUAUAUGUGAAGACUGGUACCAUGGACGGCAUCUUGGAAACAAAGACAUACCAUUAGACUUUGAAGAAAUGGUAUGCACAGGAUGUAUGCAGAAGUUUGACUUUCUUUGGGCGUACAACCUCUACAGUCAAGAAACAAAGAAAAUUGAGUCAGAUGAUAGUACAGAUGUUGUUGAGGUGGGAGGCAAACAGAGGAGCAAUGAUAGUCCAAAGGGAGGGGAAAAGAAGAGCACAGAGACAUCACUGCCUACAUGUAAAGGGGAUGCAGAAGCCAAUAACUGUGAUACAGAACCGGUGAUGAAGAAAGCCAAGAUUGAAAAGUCUGGGGAUCCAAAGCAAGAAGCAGCCCCUUCUUGUCUUCUGAAACAGUUACAGAGUAGGGAUGUGAUAGCCAGAGAUUGCUCCACCUUCUGGAAGGCUGGAUGGAGAAAUAAGCUGUGUGUAUGUCCAUGCUGUAAGGAGAUGUAUAAAGACAGAGGAAUAACAUUCAUCAUAGAUGAGUCAGACACAGUAACAGCAUAUGAGAAGAGAGGUAAAGAUAAACAGACACCAUCCUCCCAGUAUGACAAGGGACUGCAGGCUCUGUCAAGUAUGGACCGCAUACAACAGGUUGAGGUUAUACAAGGGUUCAAUGACAUGAAGAGUGAGCUGAGUACUUAUCUGAAAAAGUUUGCUGAUGAUGGAAAGGUUGUGAAAGCAGAAGAUAUCAGAGAAUUCUUUUCACAAAUGGAAGCAAGAAAGAGACAGCGGGCAGCUGCCCCAUUCCAAUAUUUUUGUAAGUGAUAGGAGGAAACAACCUCAGACUUUGUAGCUGGAACAGUGAUCAAUUUUUAUUAAUAUGUUAUGCUGAAGUACAGAAUUCAGUCAUGGAAUAUGGAACAUUUUGAAAAUUUGUCAACAUUGCUGAAGUGAAUUGUUAUUUCUUUGAGAGAUAUGGACCACAGGUACUGAUUUAAUGGCAGAGGUGUUACAUGAUUUAUCAGGCUACAUAGUGAAUGGUGGUGAUUGGGAAGGUGAUGUUUUAUUAUCCUGUAAAAGUUAUCUGAUAUUCCCAUGUUUAUUUCAAUUUUAGUUACACAUUUUAAAUCAUGGAUGUUGUACAACUUCAAUUUCAGUUUCCUUUUAUUUGAAAAUAUUAUGUACUUCCUGAAAAUUCUUUAUCAUAUUCAGAUGAUCUAUGAAGUGUGAUAUUUUAAUAUAAAUUCAUAUGCUGUUAAAGGCAAAUGAAUCAAUAAAGACUUGGUACUAAGAUACAAAUUCUCUACAGGGGUAAUAUGAUAUAUUUUCAUCAUGCUUGAGAUCUGAAAUAGUGUUUUACCUUACAACAUGAGAUAUUGGAUCAAUAUAAUACAAUUACCGCUAUUAUUCUGGGAUGUCGGGAAGUUCGCCAUAUGAGAGGUGUUGGUUUCUUGAGGGAACAGAUUCAGUGUAACAUGACAUCUCAAGGAUGGGCAAAUAAUCAUGCCUACCACUGACAAAGGCAAUGAUUGUUUUUAUUUCAGUGAAAACAUCUCUUUUUUUAACUAAUAAAAUAUGAAUAAAUGAA